AUGCCUAGACAAAGAGGAGGAUCUCGUCCAACAGUGCAACGUCAAGCACCAACUCAAUCCAGAUCAGCUCAUACUGCUGCUCCACCAGCUCAUGCUCCACAACAUCAACAACCAAAUGCUUAUUCACAACCUCAAGCUCAACCUCAACAACCAGGUCUUUUUGGUCAAAUGGCUUCAACAGCUGCCGGUGUUGCAGUUGGUUCUACAAUUGGUCAUACAUUAGGUGCUGGUAUCACUAGUAUGUUUGGUGGUGGUUCUUCAUCAGCUCCUCAAGAACAACAACAAGCUGCUCCUCCAGCUCCAGCUCAAAGUCAAUAUCAAACUCAACAACAAGGUGGUGUUUGUGAUGUUGAUGCUAGAAAUUUCACUAGAUGUUUAGGUGAUAACGAUGGUAAUAUGCAAAUUUGUGAUUUCUAUUUACAACAAUUAAAAGCAUGUCAAGAAGCAUCUCGUCAAUAUUGA